GUUCUGUGUAUUUUUCAAUCCCACACAGCUAACGGGAAGUUAUGGCAGAGAUAAGAAGCGGUGCUGUGGAAAUAUCUUGUUUAUGUGUUGAAGCAGCUCGAUUUACUGUCUUCUCACUGCAUGCUUUGAAUUGUUAGCUACCGACGUGGGGAUAGCUAGCUCCUGAAACAUCGGGCCAGUUCUCUCCCCGCGCUUCUUUCGUUAUCCCACAAUGCUCAGCGUGCAACCUUCAGCUUAUGUGACUCAGCAGGAUCCUGUCCUAUAGCAGCAGUACCUCAGGCCUCAACCCCCUGCACUGCAAGAACAAGAGGACUUGAGUCAUACAUGAGUGUUUGUCGCAGGACAUUCCGCUGAUUAGCGAUUACCUGAAGGAGCUUUGCUGAUUGCGGUCAAGUAGGAGCCAUUCUGCCAGGUCCUACCAUUUUCCACAUUUCUGCCGAACACAGAACCUCUCCCGAGUGGCCAUGGUGUCCAGACCUGGAGACAUCCCAGCCCUGGAGGCGGGCUCUGGCGUGAGCGAAGGUCUGCUAGGGGGCAUGUCUAUCCCCAUGGGGAUGACCCGUCGUGCCCUGAACUACGACGACAACCUGGAGCGGCCCAUGUCUCCUCCACCCUCCGACAUCAACAUCACCAACCUAUGGAAGAGGCCCGUCAUUCCUGAGAGGAAGUUCUCCCGUCUGGCCGAGGAGGCUGAAUCUGAAACUAGCAUAAAGAACACCUCUGCCCUUGAGCCAAGCCAGCCUCCAGCUCCUGUGGUGAAAGCUAAAGCUUCUUCAGUGCUCAUGAACUCGCUCAUCAUCAAGCAGACCCAGGAGAGCAUGCAGAGUUUUGAGAAGAGAGCCGGACUCACUGACACGGGCUACAAACCUCACAAAGGUCUGGCUGCUGAAGAAUCGCAGUACUACCGCAUGGCUCAGCCGCUGCAGAAACUGAACAUGCCCAAUGCUGACUAUAAAGAGGAGAAGCAGUCCUCCUCAGCUCAGUCCACACCAUCAGGAACUCCUCAGUCGUCCCCCAAACAGAAGCGUCGGAGCUGGUUCAGCAGCCAGGGCUCAGUGGCCUCCCUCACAGGCUCAGAGCUCAGCUCCAGCUCUAGCUCCAGCAUGGAUCUGGGAUCAAGCGAGGGACCUGUGGAGCGCUGGAGCAUUUUUGGACCCCGGCCUCAGGUCCACAAGUCCAUCACUGACCCUGGAACAGACCAUGGUGCAGCAGGCUUUGCGUUGCAGCCCUAUAAAGGUGCUCAGAAGCCCACUCCCAUGGAGGUGAUGAAGGCUCAGGCCACUCGGCUGGCCGAGGAUCCCGCCACCUUCAAAGCUCCCCCCAAGAUGGAGAUUCCUAGCGUAGACGGCAACAAGCAGGCGACGCGGCCUCACAAGCUCAAACCGCGCGACAUGAACGUCCUGACCCCAUCGGGUUUCUGAGAAGCCAUCCUGCUCUCACCUCAGACACACGACAUUACAACAGUGCUCGCUCGUAACAUGUAGCUGGACUACUCCGCCGUUUUCCUUUUUUAGUUUUUCUCCCCCCUCGUGCUGAUUCAUAAUGACAGCUUUCCUCUUGUGUCUCGUGUUAAUGUUCUCGGAUGUAACGAGGUGCCAUGGGGUUGUUGUUGUUGUCGUUGUUGUUGUUGUUUGGUCUUAUUUUUCUUUCCAUUUGACUCCUUGAACUUUCACCCUUUUCAUGUGCCGCUAGGAUAUCGUGGUGUUUCUUCAAUUCACCCCCCCAAAAAAAAAGAAAUACCUCUGAUGUACCUCCUCUUGAAUCCAAACUGUACUAGCUUCACAUUCUGGGUCCUAAUCAUCGAUUGCGCAUGAUCUGUACUUCUGUAUCAGUGACUUGUCGAUCGUUAGACGUCUGAUUUUUCAUCAUGACAUCAUGACGGCUCUGUGGUUGUAAAAUGUCUCGAGAAUACGUCUUAAAGAAAAACAAAGUACCUUUACCCAAUUUUUUCCGUCACGGUGUCGCACACGUAGGCGCGACUUUUCUUUGGCUGAGUAUUUUAAUAGUGUUUAAUGUUGACGUAGCAGCUCUAUAUUAGAGAUGAGUUUUAAUUAUUAUUUUUUUUCUUUAAAAAAAAUCUGUUACAGCUACAACUUGUAAAUAAAACCCAAACACAAA